AUGGAAAAACUGCUUUUGUUUCUGCUGUUCAUUGGCAUAGCGGUGAGAGCUCAGAUCUGCCCAAAGCGCUGUGUCUGUCAGAUUUUGUCUCCGAACCUUGCCACCCUUUGUGCCAAGAAAGGGCUCUUAUUUGUUCCUCCCAACAUUGACAGGAGGACCGUGGAGUUACGGCUGGCAGACAACUUUGUUACAAACAUUAAAAGGAAAGACUUUGCCAAUAUGACCAGCCUGGUGGACCUGACGCUGUCCAGGAAUACAAUCAGUUUUAUUACACCUCACGCAUUUGCUGACUUGCGCAAUUUGCGGGCUUUGCAUUUGAACAGCAACCGAUUGACUAAGAUCACCAAUGACAUGUUCAGUGGACUCUCCAAUCUUCACCACUUGAUACUUAACAACAACCAGCUGACUUUAAUUUCUUCCACAGCUUUCGAUGAUGUUUUAGCUCUUGAGGAAUUGGAUUUGUCUUACAAUAAUCUGGAAACCAUCCCCUGGGAUGCAGUGGAGAAGAUGGUUAGUUUGCACACUCUCAGUCUAGACCACAACAUGAUUGACCAUAUUCCUAAGGGGACCUUCUCCCACCUCCACAAGAUGACCAGGUUGGACGUCACGUCUAACAAACUGCAGAAGCUACCGCCUGAUCCUCUCUUCCAGCGAGCUCAGGUACUAGCAACCUCAGGAAUUAUCAGUCCCUCGACUUUUGCGUUGAGCUUUGGUGGGAACCCUUUGCAUUGCAACUGUGAGCUUUUGUGGCUGAGGCGUCUGUCGAGGGAAGACGACCUGGAGACCUGUGCUUCUCCCACCCUCUUGUCCGGCCGGUACUUCUGGUCGAUCCCCGAGGAGGAGUUCCUGUGCGAGCCUCCUCUCAUCACCCGGCACACCCACGAGCUGCGGGUGCUGGAGGGCCAGCGGGCAGCGCUGCGGUGUAAGGCCCGGGGGGACCCCGAACCAGCAAUUCAUUGGAUUUCACCUGAGGGCAAACUGAUUUCAAAUGCAACGAGGUCCGUGGUGUAUGACAACGGGACGCUCGACAUCCUUAUAACGACGGUGAAGGACACGGGCUCCUUCACCUGCAUUGCUUCCAAUCCGGCUGGGGAGGCCACGCAGACAGUGGACCUGCACAUAAUCAAACUCCCCCACUUGCUGAACAGCACGAACCACAUCCACGAGCCCGACCCCGGCUCCUCGGAUAUCUCCACUUCCACCAAGUCGGGCUCCAACGCGAGCAGUAGCAAUGGGGAUACUAAAGUGAGCCAAGAUAAGAAGGUGGUCGUUGCGGAAGCAACAUCCUCUACCGCUCUGCUGAAAUUCAAUUUUCAGAGGAACAUACCCGGGAUACGUAUGUUCCAAAUCCAGUACAACGGUACUUAUGAUGACUCCCUUGUUUACAGAAUGAUACCUCCCACAAGCAAAACCUUCCUGGUCAACAACCUGGCCGCUGGGACUGUGUACGACCUGUGUGUCCUGGCAAUCUACGAUGACGGGAUCACCUCGCUCACCGCCACCAGGGUGGUGGGCUGCACGCAGUUCACCACCGAGCAGGAUUACGUGCGUUGCCAUUUCAUGCAGUCCCAGUUCCUGGGUGGGACCAUGAUUAUCAUCAUUGGUGGGAUCAUCGUGGCCUCUGUGCUCGUGUUCAUCAUCAUCCUCAUGAUCCGCUACAAGGUGUGUAACAACAAUGGGCAGCAGAAGGCCACCAAGGUCAGCAACGUGUACUCGCAGACAAAUGGGGCUCAGAUCCAGGGCUGCAGUGGGGUGCUGUCGCAGUCGAUGUCCAAGCAGGCCGUCGGGCACGAAGAGGGCAUCCAGUGCUGCAAGUCUGCCAGCGACGGCGUGAUGCAGUCGCUGGAGACCGCCUCCAGCCAGGACUCGGCCACCACUACCUCUGCUUUGCCUCCCGCCUGGACUUCCAGCACUUCUGUCUCCCAGAAGCAGAAGCGAAAGCCGGGGCCAAAGCUAAGCAGCGAGCUGCAGAGUGAAGCUGUCAGCGGUAUCGAGUCCCAAAACACUAACAGAAAUAACUCCACGGCCCUGCAGUUAGCUAGCCGUCCCCCCGACUCUGUCAAAGGGGCCCCCACGUACAAAAGAGCACAAUCAAAGCCAAGUAAGUUCCUCACUUUGCCAGCUGACGCAUCCCGAGCCAAGCGCAGGCUCUCCCUGGGCGGCGAGCUGAUGGAGUCCCGCUGCCCCAGCAGCGCCCGGGGCGCAGGCGGAUUGCGGUCCAAAAGGAGCAUGUCCAUGAACGGGAUGCUAGCCCAGUCAGACAGCUCUGGUGUGGAUAGUGGAAAAGCAACUUUCUCCAGUUCUGAGUGGAUAUUGGAAAGCACUGUGUGA